UGACGCAAAAAUGAGCAUCCAAUCUAUUUGCAGACUUUGAUGAAAACUAUGGGAUUCCAAACGCUGGAAACCUUCGAUACAAAGUAUUCCGCCGACUCGGUGGAGUGGUGUCCAGCCGAGGGCUACGAGGAUAUUUUCGUGUGCGGGACUUACCAACUGGAGACGCAAGAGACGCGCGUCGGGAGGAUCUACCUAUUCCAAAUCGUAAAAGCCGAAGAAGACCAAGUGUCACUGAAACUGCUACAGCAUUUGGAUGGCGCCGGCGUUUUGGACACCAAGUGGGCACACGUCAAGUGCUGUGGUAAAGUAUUGCUGGGAGUUGCGAGGUUCACAGGACACUUGCAGAUUUACGAGUUGGUCGAGGAUUCGGAGAAAGCACGUUUGACAAUCGUAGCUGAGGUUUUAAUCAGAGACGAGGGCCAGAGUCAGCCCAUUGCGUUGUCUUUGGACUGGUCGACGGGAAGAAGAGAACCAAGUGACAAUGCAAACGUGAAAAUUACAGUCAGUGAUUCGCACGGCUCGGUAUCGCUGUUUCAAUUGUCCGACGACGCGAACGGCUUGAGAAAAAUUUUUUCUGGGCACGGCCACGACUUUGAAGCGUGGAUAGCAGCCUUCGAUUAUUGGGAUACGAAUGUUGUUUACACUGGCGGGGAUGAUGGUAAAUUUUUGACAUUUGACACAAGGAUGGAUGGAGAUGUUUUGAAAGCAAAUUUUACGAAUCGGUCCCACGAAGCUGGAGUUACCAGUUUUCAUUCGAACUGGAAAAAACAGUUUUACCUGGUUUCGGGGAGCUACGACGAGAAUUUAAGGACCUGGGACACGAGAAAUCUUCGUCAGCCGAUGGAGCAAUUGAAUUUGGGAGGUGGAAUCUGGCGGCUUAAAUGGGAUCCUUACGAAGCCAAGUAUCUACUGGCAGCCGGCAUGUACGGCGGUUUUAUCAUCAUUGACGCUGAAGUCGACGAGACUCCAGAAAUUGUCGCAGUGUACGAUGAUCACCAAAGUAUCGCCUACGGCUGCGAUUGGUCUCAUUUGAAUAAAAAUGUCGAAAAAAAGCUCAAACUUUUGAACGAUUCCAACAGUCACGACGUUUUUUUGGGUACUUGUUCGUUCUACGAUCACUGUCUUAAACUGUCUUCCAUAAAACUCGAUGGUUUUACCAAUUUUGUAUAG